CUGCUGUGAUGUUUGAAAACAACAUGGCGUCUCUUCGUGUAUUUUUAUUAUUUUUUAUUAAAUGAAAGGGUAAUUCCUCACUUCGAAGAUAACUUCAGAAAAAAUAAAAAUCAUCAUUUGGAUGUACUCAUUAUGGUAUAAAUAUAAUUUAAUAAGUAUAGAAAUGAAUAAUUUCUAACCAUGGCAUUGGCAUCAACGAAUGAAUUCGGGCCUGAUUCUGGAGGUAGAAUUAAGGGUUUAACCAUUGUUAAACCAUUAGUAUAUGGUAAUGUAGCACGAUACUUUGGAAAAAAAAGAGAAGAAGAUGGACACACUCAUCAAUGGACUGUUUAUGUUAAACCUUAUCACAAUGAAGAUAUGUCAACAUACGUGAAAAAAGUGCAUUUUAAAUUACAUGAAAGUUAUAAUAAUCCAAAUAGAAUUGUAACUAAACCACCUUAUGAAUUGACGGAAACUGGCUGGGGAGAAUUUGAAAUUGUUAUAAAAAUUUAUUUCCACGAUCCAAAUGAAAGGCCGGUUACAAUUUAUCAUAUUUUGAAAUUAUUUCAAUCUUCGCCUGAAAUUCAAAUGGGCAAAAAAAAUUUAGUUUCUGAAUUUUAUGAAGAAAUUGUCUUCCAAGAUCCUACCGCUUUGAUGCAACAUUUGCUAAGUACAACAAGACCAAUAACACUUGGAACAUGGAAACAUGAAACUGAUUUUGAAGCGAAAAAAGAAAACACUCUGAAGGCAAUAACUGAAGCGAGAAACAAAGUACGAUUAGAGAUAAUUGAUCUCAAAGAAAAAUUAACUUUAGCAAAGGAAACAAUCGCAAAAUUUAAAGAAGAAAUUGCAAAAAUAUCGAAAGUUGGCAAUCCUUUAUCGGCGGCACAAUAGAACAACUGAUAAAACAAAAAAAGAAUAUUUCUAAUAACUAAGAUGUACAAAUUUUUAUAUAAUUAGUUAAUUAAUAAGAAUAUAAAUAAACGAUAAUGACUUGAAUAUA